AUGGCCACUAUCCUCCGUUGGCACUCCGAGAAUCUUCCAAUCUCUCGGAAACCAUGCGACGAAAACAGCUGGGACAUCGCGACAGGAGGAUCGUUCGCAGGAGGAGGAUCCGACGAUCUCGAUUGGGAUCACAAAUCGAUGUGGUCCACUGGUCUAAGCAAAGAGCAUUUCGACGGCGUCUCUGUUGGCCGUCAGAACAACAACGCCGCCGCGAAUCCUCCUUCUUCUGAUAGUUCUUCGGGUGAUGUGAUGAGCAAGUUGGGACCGAGAGAAGCCGCCAUGGUUAACGAGAUGAACGAGUACGAUGACAUGAUCAAGGAGAUUGAGAAAGAGAACAGGCACAGCAGGGGAUUCGUUGACGGGAUCAAGCAGAAGAUGAUGGAGAUGAGCGUGCUUCUGAAGCAAGUCAAGGAGCCUGGUGCUAGAGGGUCUUAUCUCAAGGACUCUGAGAAGACUGAGAUGUACAUGUUGCAUACGGAGAAUCCCGAGGUUUAUAUCGUUGAGAGGCUUGCUAAGGAUUUUAGGAUCAUGAGGCAGCGUGUUCACGCCAUUCUUUUUCUUAAAGAGGAUGAGGAAGAAGAGGAGAGGAAGCUUGGUCGUCCUUUGGAUGAUUCCGUUGAGCGUUUGCUUGAUGAGUACCCUGAUGGAAAGGAGAAGUGAAGUGCCACAAGUACAGCAGAAGACGUUCAUCAGAUGGUUGGAAAAUCACAGUUGAGAAAUUGGGUCCUCAGGGCAAACAUGGAAAUGGAGGUGGCUGGAAGUUUGUGAGUCUUCCUGAUGGAUCAAGCAGGCCUCUCAACGAAGUGGAGAAGAUGUAUGUUAAGCGUGAAGCCCCACGUCGCCGCCGUAAGAUUCUCCCUUGAAUUUGCUAGAACCAGACUCCAUCAAUGGUAA